AUGGAAUAUCCGAAAGGUAUUGUAGAUGUCGUUGCAUUAAAUCGGGUCGACGCGAACUCACCUAGCACCGACGUGCAUCAUCCAGAAAAUAACCCUACUGGUUCUGACACGUUCCCUGUUCUUCAGCCUUCCUAUGUGUUUUCAUCUAAGCCUAGAUCCAGAAGGCCAACUGAGCCGAAUAUAUGUAAUGCAUCUUUGGUGUCACAGGAAGACAACAAAGUUGGGAACUCCAUCCUUGUUGAUACUAAUGCUAUAAAAACCAUGCCUCUACCGUUAUUUCACUCCCAUCGCUGUUCAACAAUCGAUACGGAGUCAAAAAGUGCCGUCCAUGAGGUCACCAUCUCGAAUCCCGCUGAGGUUCAACGGGGGAACUUCGACCCCAGGGCCAUUUCCCCGUCCGUCCCACCCUGUCCCUCACUCACGUUGGUUGAUAGCGCAGUGGGGUGGGAGCCUUUGGCGACAGGGCCUGCCAUCGUCUGCACGACCCCCCGUUCGACCUCCUCGACGGCCCAUUGUCAUCCCCUACGGUACCUCCACCCCAGGCCAAGUAUCUCACGCCUGGGGACCCCCAACACGGCUUUGUGGAGGGCAGCUAACACGGCUACGGGGCCGAUCCCGCCGUCUCAGUCCGUGCAGAAUCUCGAAGGACACCGAUUAAAGGCAUUUUUGCAGCGAAAGCGGCUGGGGUGUCUGAGGUCAUCUCUGCAACAAUGGUAUAGGGCGAUGUUCCGACGCUUCCUUGCGGGCACGGGCGACUGUAACAGACGGCACAGGUCGAUUUCCCAUACAAGUAACUUUUUGAGCAGGAAAAGACCCACUGGCUUGGAGAUCGCGACAGCGCAUGUGACUGAGUGCCGUCACUGUGCGGACAAACAGGAGAGUCGAACAGAGGAACCCAGGACUGGUAGUGAAGGGCUAUCGAGAAAGUAUGACCGACGUGGAACGGACGAAACAAUGCGUCACCGCGAAGUCCAUCAAUCACUGGGUACAGAGUUGCACAGUGGUCGUUGUCAAAAUGCGUAUGACAGUCGUCAUUUGGUAAUGCUCUCAGAUAAAGGGGUUCCAAUAAAAAAGUUUAAAACUUGUAUUCUCUCGACGCACCAGAAAACCUUUGAAAAGGUACAUUUGGCAGAUCUUACCUAUAACAAUCGUCGUGAUGUUUCGCGCAAAGGAUCAGAUGAGGAGGACGCUAUUGAUAAUACAGCGAAGUUGAGCUCUCGGAUCAGUAGUCAAGAACUAGAGGUGCAAGAUAUUCGUGUCAAUUGGUUUCUCACGGGAAGUCGAUACGCGGGAGAAACUAAGAAAGAGCUUGAGCGGCGCAAAAAAAGCAUGGAUCGUGAACCCCUCCCGCGACAUGAAUCUAAUUGUGGGAGGGAAAUACAGACUACUGAAGUGGUAUCCAAACACCAUGGGACUAGUUCCUAUAGAAAGCAAUCAAGAAGUAAGUUGCACAUGCACUCUCAUAGGCACGCUUCUCGAAGCCAUUCCCAUCGUGGUAAUAAGUCUUCUCAACAUAUGUACAAUGAAGAGAAUCGAGCACAGAACUCUGAUUCUGUAAUGUCUUCAGACAAGCAUCAAGAUAGACAUUCACCAAAAAGGUAUGGCACUCCUUUUUCAAAAAAACGGAUAAAAUCACUCUCACAUAGUCAUCUCCACGCCUCUCGUAGACACAAAAGCCUUUUGAGCCGCGUCAUGCGGUCAUCAUCGAUUAGUUCUACUCUGUCAUCUAAUGCUACUGAAUUAAUUUAUUCCCAAAGCCAUUCCUCCUUUUCGUCAUCACUGGGUCGUCAUACCACUCAAGGAUUGAAAUACCCUCCCCCUAACACAAAGCAUCGACAUCAACAUCAGAAAGGAAGAAAAACCGGUUAUUCAAGCUCCUCCACCUUUUCACGCUAUCUGGAUACUAAAGAAAAGCAAAGACACAUGGAUAAGCAUGCGAUUUAUAAAGCCGAUGCCGAUUACUUGGGUGGGCGUUUGCUACACAAUGCGGAAAGUGCUUCAGGUAGGUCUAGCUUUUCCCCAGAUGAAACGGAACGCCGUCGGAAUCGAAACUUGGUUGAAACGGAGUGUGGACUUGUGAGGUCAGGAAUUCAGUUCAACUCCAAAAGGAAUGCGCGCUCGGUGUCAAAGAAAGAUAAGAACAUCGAGAGGCACAAUGAUCGCUUAAAGAAACCCUCAGAUGAGCUGUUUCCGGCGACCACCGUGGCGGUGGAGAUGCUUCAAAAGUUCCUACAUCUUUUGCAAGCCACUGCACGAGAAAGCCAUCCACCUGAGCAGCAUGAUGUGUCCCCUUCUUUACCAAAAGAAUCAAACACGCACGGCGAUCGAACAGUUAUAGAUCAAAAGAUAAGUUUAAGGCACUCGACUGCGGCAGCCCAUUCACGAUCCCUCAACGACAAAGAGGCAAACGUUAUUAAAUCCAACUCGCCCAGGGCCAACGGCCAGAAUGGUCCGAACUAUUCUCUGUUGAGGAGCUCUGGAAGCGAGGCCCAGCCCAAAGUGAGCGAGGAUACCCCACUCAGUGCAGCUUCUGAUGUCAGACAUCACAAUCAGUUCAUUCUCGCACCCUCACGUCCCUCCACUGACUACCGUGAGAGGAUCCCGCAGGAUCUUUUCCUCGCGGCUUCCCAUCGAGAUGGCAAACGUGGACGUGGGGCCUCAGCCCCGCCCUGGGGCCAUCAUUUGCGGCUUACACCAGGAUCGCGAAGGCUAAGUUGUGGACGAUUUAACCCCUACUGCGCCGUUUGCCGGGCCCAAUACAACCGCAUUCUGGUGGACGCCGAUGGCCAGCCCCUUCGUUGGCCUCGUUCGCACGAGUAUGCGCUGAAUGACCUUUUUGGGGACUGCCGCUAUCAUAAUGGAUACGUCCUUGCUGGCCCUGGGCUUCUGUCCUCUCAUCCUUUGGUCCCCAUUCCAGAGGAGACAAGGCGAUCGACUGGUAAAGGCUCGAAGUGGACCUCUGGAAGUUUUGUCCCUGUCAGACUCGGCUCUCGGAGAGCGUACUCCGCGACGCCGCGUUUGGAUAGCAUGCAUGAGUUAUUCCAUGGCAAAAGAGGGUCCAGCGUGCCACGGUCCUCCCUGUCCCUAUGGCCACAAACACUUCCAAAGAAAGUCUGUGAGGAUAAAAGAAAUAGCUGGGAUACUAAUCAAUCCCAGAAGUCCCCUACUAGGUUGUUCUAUGAUAGAGUAGAUACGGUCCGUGAUUUGCGUGAUUCGGGUAGCUCAGUUGAAACUCAGUUCAUAAUGUCCGAGGUAUCAAAGCCUACCGCUGAUAUGUCGCCUUUGCGCCGUCGGGAGCGCCGUUUACGGCACCAUAUGAAGGAGCUUCUAUCGCAUAAGCCCCCUGAAAGACGGGAUAGCCAGCAGUGGGAGCUUUACAUGAAAACACUAAGCGAUGGACUCGAGGCCCUAGAUAUUUUACACCGGCGUCGAAAAUGCCUAGAGGUCUUAUAG